AUGCCUCCCAAGAAGAAGACCGGCAAGCAAGCCACCGAUGCAGCAGAUAAGAAAAAAGCUACCAGCAACAUGCUGGGACAGUGCGAGCUGGCCAGGCAGAAGCUAGAGGCUGCUAAGGCCCAAGGCGACCAGGGGGACCCCAGCCUAGUAGAGGACCUUGAGAGGAAGGUAGCAUUCCUAGCGGAAUACGAGGCUCUGCCUCUCCGUGACAAGAAAAAGGAUGCAAUGCUGCAAAGCUGGUCCCAGGAUAAGAGCCUAAAGUCCUGGGCCGAGAUGCACUGCAACUAUACCCAAGACAAGGGCACCGAGUCCCGGGAUCGCUCGAACUACGGCACCAAGCAACUUCGGAAACAUAUGUACGAAGUUGCGGCUAUGCUGAAGCUGGACGUGAAGGACCCAGCUCAAAAGCGUAUCCUCGAGGAGACCUUGAAGGACAUGGAUUCCGACUCCGACUGGGACGAGUCCAACCCCUUGGAGAUGGCCAUGAAAAAGCAGAAGCUUCGUCGUUACACUUGGACAAAACAUGAAGGCACAGAACACACCAUGGGUUCCAAGGAGAGCACGUCUGUCGUCGUGAGCAAGGAUGUGACGAAGCACGUGGCGCAGGCAGGUUUGAAGAUGAUCACAGAAGGAGCAUCCUCGGCGACCGGCACCACCCCCAGCGUGAAGAUCGAGCAUGUGUGGGUGCUUCCGGCGGAGAACCUGCUGAAGGACCUCAACACCUUGUUGGCCAAGCUCAAGGGCUACACGAGUGCUUUUAAAAAGUCGCGAGUGCAGCUUAAGGCAUCCCCGAAGGCAGCGGAAGCUCCUGACUUGAGCGGCCCCAUCCAAAAGCUGGACGAGCUGGAGCAUGCUAUCUUGGAGUUGACAAUGAAGGAUCCGAAGAAGAUGGACGAGAACGAGUGCAAGACUUACGUGGAGCAGUGCCAGAGCACGUUGCAAUCGGGGAACCUGGUGAAGGACAUGUCUGAAGAAAUGAAGAAGAAGUGUAAUGGUCUGCUCAGGACGAACUCUAGCAGCUCGAUUAAGUAG